AUGAAUUUGGCAAUUCAUUUGCUUAUAACUAUUUUUGUAUUAAAAUAUUUAUUUGUAAAUAUUUCUGAUUUUACAGGUAGUGAUUCAGUUCCGGAUUUCUUUCGCAUUAUGAAACGACAGUUUACAGAGGCAGAAUGGAGCGUAAUCAAGUCCAUGAAUAAUGAGUGGAUUCAGCUAGAUAUGUUUUCUAGGCACUGGGCACUAAAGGAAAGCUUUAUAAAGGCCAUUGGGAUUGGAAUAGGCUUUAACCUGCAAAGGAUUGAAUUUAAUGUCUCCCCAUUGCAGCUGGAAGUAGGGAAGGUUUACAAGGAGACAAAGAUGUUGUUGGAUGGAGACAAGGAAGAAGGGUGGACUUUUGAGGAAACCCGGUUGGAUGAUCUCCAUCAUGUUGCAGUAGCUCUGGGGAAACCAGAAGUAUUUGUACAGAAGGAUUCUAACGUUCUUUCUAAAGACUUGACCCAGCCACAAUUCCAGGUAUUGACUUUUGAUGAUUUAGUUGCCGCCGGUGUUCCUAUAGCACCCGAAGACCCUGCAUACUGGGAUAACUUUUGUUCCAAGCAGGAAUGCCCAGCACGCCAGAGUACUCAUUCAAGAUAACUCUGUUUCCAAGAAAAGAAGCUGAAAUCUUUCAAAGACUACUCAUUGUUCCUUUGCAAAGCUUAAUCUGAGUGUGUGUAUACAUUUCUCCUUUUAGACCAAUAUUCGGUUUUCCAGUCUCACAAAGCUGCCACCUUUUUCCCUCUUUCCCCUAUGCUGAGAUCAUUUCAGGCUAAAGAAGCUGUGAAAUAAAAGAGAUAAAUUGAUCCUGCACCUUUUUUUCAUUGUGUAAUUUGCAUCUACCUGUGUGAUUCUCUUAUCUCCAUGAUUACCCCCUGCCAAUAGCAGUGAACAGAGCUGCAUUAAUGCUGCUCUUGAUUAGCAACAAGUGUUUAAUAUUUAAAGAAAAUGUGUUUUUCGUGCUUAAUUUCUGCUGAUGUUUAAGUGAUAUUAUUGCCACUUCCUCAUGAAAUCAUAAUUUUAUUCCAAAGUGGCUGAGCAAAGCCAAAGUAAAACAGUUGGUUAAUGAUGAUGGCAGUAUUACUUCAUAGCAAAAGUUCUAUGUGAAAUUAUCAAACUUAUUUGUCAUCGCUGUAAGUUACGUUAAUGGAUCUACAGCUGUGUAAAACCAGUUUGAGAGUGUUCUAAGUCCUGGGCUUUUGGUGAGGUAUGUCCUCACACAGUCAGUCUCCUCCUCACAAUUGUCUGUACUGAUUCUCUCCACUAAUAGUGUACAAGUUUUCUACCUCUCCUUUAGAUUUCUGAGUCCUCUGAAGUGGUAGUUCUCCAUUUCUGGACCCACAUUUGCAUUUCUGUUCUCUUUAUUUCUGGGGACCACUAUUUUGUAAAUAUAUAAGCACUGUCUAUUCUUUUCCAAGGAGGGCCGCAGAGCUGGAGCUGGGGAAUGUAGAGUAUUGCAUUGUCAUAUAGACUUCAGAGAGACUUGGGAGAGAGCAAUAGGUGCUAAAAGACAAUUUUAGACUAUUUGUCUUGUCCUUUUCAGAGAAUACUUUCUCAUUUUAUAUCCUCCUUUUUAAUCUAGGAAGUGUGAAUACUUGAGAUCCUUUGAAAGGUGCAGGGAAUAGAUACUGACCAGAAUCAUUACCUCAGAAUAAAAGGCUCAAUUCUCUUCCCAGUGUAGUCAAACAAAAUUCACAUUGACUUCAGUGAGAGUGGGAUUGUGCCCAAAUUGGCUGUUGCCCUGCAUUCUGAUUGGGUGAAAGCCUGCUUGUAUUAUAACCAUUAAACUUGCACCUCUGAUGUUAAAUAGGAUUUGAGGCAGGAAGGAAAUGGGUUUUAUGGUCUUACAGAAGCUCCCAUGCUGCUGAUGCAGAUAAUCACUCUCUCACACUCAAAUAAUACCUGUUAAAAUUAUCCUUUUGCCUGCUUUUACAGCAUACUUUUAAAAUUGAGCCAUUCAUUAAUAAAUAAUCACAUAAUUCUCUCUCAGUCGUUACAGCUUUACCCUGUAGGUAGGAGUGAAUCUUAAAAUUAAGAAUUUGUAGUACUAAAAGUAUGAUGACUAUUGGAUCUUGGGUUAGGAUUCCCCCAGGGGCCAAGGUAAUUCUGUUUAAAGUCAAAGGAAAUUUCCUAAUGGAGAAAAACAACAUUAAGUCCAUUGUACCCUGCUGCUUGUAAAAUUUUAUUUUAUUUGCUAAAAUAAUAGCCAUCAUAAGAAUUUGCUGAUGGAUGUUUUUCUCCAGACUACAAUAGAUGUUUAAAAAUAAUCUUGUUUAUUUGUUAUUUCUCUUAAUUGUCCUUGCUGCUGGUGUUUCAGACCAAACUGAGAAUCCAGUGCUUUUUAGCAGACCGCACUGCAAACACUACGCCCCAUUGGCAAGUGCAUAAUAAAUUUUAUCAUCUGCAGUGAAAUAAUUCUCGGUGUUAUAUGUGAUCACAUUUAGGCAUGGGAAUCCUGAUAAAAAUGGCAAAUAACACAUCUUUUGGCUGGCUAAUGACUAAUAAGGCUAUAUCUAUAACAAGAAAGUUUAGAAACUUAAGGGUUGGUUCUCCCCCAAACUCUCCCGUCUCCAAAAAAAGCAUUGAUCCUGAAAGACCAGGCAGAAUCACUAGGAAGGCUGCAAAUCCUCACAAUAUACAGAUUUCCUUUACAUUUGGAUUUCUGUUGCUGUGGGUAAAAAAAACAAGAUGAAUCUAACUUUUGCAAAUUUUAUCAAGCAAUAAUGGUAAGAGAUAAUGUUGGCUUGUGGAAACUAAAAUGAGUCAUAUGUAUCUACAAUUUCAGAUCUUGGCAGUAUUGAUAGAAUUAUUUUACAUUCAUAUGCACAGAAAAGGAGCAAUCAUAAGAGUAUAAGAGUUUCACAUGUCUAUACACUAAGAUCUUCUGAUACCCUGGGAAUAUGAACAGUUAUUCUCACAAUCAUAAGAAUUGUUUUCUGAGCAUAUACUACUGCUGUAAAUAAUUACUUAGAAAAUAAACUGAAUCUCCUCUUUAAGCAGUUAUGCUUGUGGAGCACACAUGAAAAUCAACAUUAUGGUUAUGUAUAGAAGAGUUGGUGUAAUUGAAUAUCCGCGGUGAAAUCAUUAAUAUUACUGUAAAUGAUCUAUCUAUCUAAUACUUUAGGGCCCCAGAUUUUAACUUUGUUCUUUACAGAAAUAGCAUGGUACAAAUUGUGAUAAAUGUGUUUAACUUUGGCAUAUGUCUGUGGUUUUAAAGUUUAUUGCAUUUUAUGUAAAGAUUAUAGUUUAGUGACAGAAAUACUUUUAAGACACGUUGCAUCUGUGUGAAAAGAGAGUUAUGUUUCUAUUUGACAUGAGUAUAUGGCUAUAGGAAGUAGGUCAUAGAACUUGAUCAGGCUUACACUAUCAUGCAAGAUUUAUCUUAUUACUAUAUUACAGAAGCACAUGGGCUGAGUGAACACGUUAGCUAAACCUGACCUUGGUGUUCAGUUUUU